UGCUAAAUCACCGUUUUCCUGUAACUUGGUCGUUUUUUCUAGUCGCCAAAAAGGUCCUGUGAAGCAAGCAUGUCCGUCCUCCCGGCUCGUUUAACUGGCAAUUUUAGGACGCUUAGCGUCCGAAUUGCCGCCACCCGCGUGCAGCAACGGAAUCAGAGCUACAAGACACUUAACGGCCCUGCCAAAAGCCCGAGGAACAUUGUACUCGUCGAAGCUGCCCGUACGCCGUUCCUUCAAUCAAACACGAACUACAAUGACCUGAUGCCACAUGAUCUUCAACGUAUGGCUUUCCAGGCGGUGCUCAGGCGCACCGGAAUUCCCAAGGAAGAAAUUCAGUACAUUGUUUCGGGAUCCGUUAUCGCCGAACCUAAAACCUGCAAUGUGGCGCGAGAAGCAGCGCUUUGUGGUGGUUUCUCUGAUCGCACACCAUGCCACACCGUGACAAUGGCCUGCAUCUCGGCAAAUCAGGCGAUCACAACCGCUAUGGGUCACAUCGCACUCGGCGCGGUUGAUGUCGCAAUGGCCGGUGGGGUCGAGUUCCUGUCCGAUGUACCAAUCCGUUUUUCGCGCAAGUUGCGUAAGCUCAUGAUCGGCCUAAAUAAGGCAAAAACGCCGAUGAAGAAACUGAGCUUAGCCUCGAGAUUUCGACCGAACAUGCUCGCUCCCGAACUCCCGGCAGUUGCUGAGUUCACAUCAGGCGAGGUAAUGGGUCACUCGGGUGAUCGUUUAGCUGCCGCUUUCGGAGUGUCGCGUGCAGAUCAGGACAUGUUUGCUAUACGCUCACAUACACUCGCAGACAAGGCGACCAAAGAGGGCCUGUUAAGGGAUAUCGAGCCAGUGAUUCUGCCCAAAGAACAGGAACCUAUCAGCCGUGACAAUGGCAUUCGGGUGCCAACCCCUGAGCAAGUAGCGAAACUAAAACCGGCGUUUAUCAAACCCUAUGGGACCGUAACAGCAGCCAAUGCAUCAUUCCUUACCGACGGAGGCUCCGCCUGUCUCAUCAUGGCUGAAGAAAAAGCCAAAGCUAUGGGUUUCAAGCCAAAGGCAUACCUACGUGAUUUUAUCUACGUCGCCCAGGACCCCAAGGACCAGCUGCUGCUUGGUCCUGCCUACAGUAUUCCCGUUCUUCUCGAACGCAAUGGUUUAAAAGUUAAAGACAUCUCGGUUUUCGAAAUCCACGAAGCGUUCGCUGGGCAGGUGCUCGCCAAUCUUCGUGCGAUGGAGAGCGACUACUUCGCAAAGGAACAUAUGAAACGAAAGGUUCCAUUCGGAGCUAUUCCGAUGGAAAAGAUUAACACAUGGGGCGGUUCACUUUCGAUUGGACAUCCAUUCGGGGCCACGGGUAUUCGCCUCGUUGCAACGUGCGCGAACCGAUUGGAGAAAGAAGGCGGACAGUUUGCUGUUUUAGCGGCCUGCGCAGCUGGUGGACACGGACACGCCAUGAUCGUUGAGAAGCACCCUAAUUGAGAAUGGAGCGCACCAAACUCGUCGCACGUAGCAAUAUAAAUUUAGUCGUUGGCGAUAAAUUUAGUUGUGGAAACAAGGUGAAUAAAUUUUGUUUGGCGCAAUCAUGAUAUCGGCGUGAAAACAAUAAAGACUAGUUUGAUUCUUAUUAGUGAUGCACUCGCAUGAACGAGGCUGGUGCCGGUUACAAAUAUUUUUUAAAAAUGUAUAUACAAACAAAACAUAUACACCAAAAACAAACUUUAUAGCGAUAGGAGGACAUCGCUUUACAUACAGACACAGCCAACACAAACAGCAAGUGACGACGUAAUAAUAAAUUGUACCGCAUGGGGUUUGAAGGAACGAUACAACUGGGUCAUUUUUUUCUUUUAGUGCUCUGUGUUUCUAACAUUAUGCAGUGAUCUGAGGCUUGACGAUUAGCAAUGUACUGCUAAGUUUCUGCAUGGUGCAAUGGUAGCGUGUAAGACACGUGAGGUGGCCUAGUUCAAAGC